GUGUUGGAUGCAAACAUCAUCUCUAAUAAGGCAAAGGCACGAUUGAAAGUUAUAGCGAAAAAAUGUUGAUGUCCGUCCACCCGGCGCGCGCCCUUUGAAUAGUGCUCCUAUAAGGAGCCAGUGCUCGAAGCAGGUCCGCACAAAGCCACGGCUUUUCUUCAUGCACGCUGCUCUCCUUCUGCUUUCACGACUUGAGGCCGUGUGUCGCGUUGCAGGGUUUUCGCACGUCCUGUUCCCACAACUGUGUUGUCAGACGGAUCCUCGCAAGUAUAGCCUGGUCAGAGAGCGAGCGCCGCGUCUGUUUGAAACAAGAGCGGAUCGAAUACAUAUACAAUGCAAUCUGUAAUAAACUAAUGAAAAUCAAUUAUCUCUUGUUGUAAGUGGCGGCAUUAACAAAAACUAGCGCAUUGCAGGUUAUUGUUACUAGCCUCGCGACGCAGGAGUGCGUUCCCUCCGCCCGUGCGGGAGGACAAGGACGAGGUAAGUCCGGCGCAGCCGGUGGAAAGGGUGUCGAAAACGGCAUGGGCGCGGCGUCGGGAGCAGAUGCACAUGCAGCUGGAAAAGGGGGUCCCGGACAGGGCAAAGGCAAGGGAGAGGGACGCGACGAUCCGGGCAACGAUGGCAUCGGCCGCGGGGGCAAGGGAAGCACUAUCGAUCCGAGCUUGUCGUGGUCUGUUCCUGUGGAUGAAGCACAAGCAGAAUUUCUGAAAAAGAUUCUGGCGUCAACCGAGCACACCCACAAGAUGGGGUGUAUUUUGUCCGCCACACAGCGGAAUGUGGUCCUGCUGGCGCAGGACAAGUGGUGGGACCUGUACUCGUUGGACAAGUGGAAGGUGUCUGGCCAGUCGAUCAAGGAGUUGUGCCAGACGCAGCCGCAGGUGCCGAUGGAGACCAACGGUUUGCGCGAGUUUCUGUUAAACCCGAUGCGCCCAGGGGCCGCGACGUGGCAGGGAGUGCCCUUUUAUUGCAGCCUCACGGGACGCACCUUGUACUACCGCAAGCCCGUCCACGAGUAUCCUAUGAACCUGUUCGGCGAGGGGUCCGUGGAGCAGUGGGACUUGGGAACCGAACAUGACGGGGUGUCUCUGGACUACGCGAACCAGAAUGUGCUCGUCCCGAGGAACUCCCGCCGUGCGAGGGACGUGGCCGCCGUGUCCGGCGGUGCGCGGAUCCAGGUGAGGAUCUCGGUGUUGACUGCCAUGGAUCCCGAGGGCAAGCAUCCCCUGACGUAUUUGCUCGAACCGAAUCUGGACUCGGUACGACCGAACGACCUGAAAGCGGACUCUUUCGACAAGCGACGCUACUUCGAGCGAAAGACUCGUUUCGAACAACUUAUUAGGUAAUAUGCUCCGAGGAAGUGAAAUUGGACAAGUUUCAAUUGCACGAAAAACUUAAGCGGUGACAAUUUUCCGCUGUACGAAAAAAUAUCGACCUUCGCGGCAGGAUCUACCCAAACUGCUGCGCGAAUCUCGGUCACAGUUUUCACUAUUUUCCUGGUACUCGUAACGACAGGACAGAGAAGGUUCAACUCCGCUAUCAAAACCGUCGAUAUUUGGGUGUAUCUUUACGAUGUCUGCGUGCAGGUUUCUGCAUCUCGCAGACCGGCACUGUACCUUCCGACUCACUGGUACUGGUGUUGUUGGUAGAAACGAUCAGAGUUUUUCUCGAGACAUCUAAUGAAUACUUCUAUGACUUAAAGGUACGACUAUGAUAUGGAAAACGAUUGAAAGAGCAGCUUCAGUAAUGUGAAUCCAAUGUAGUUACACGCUAGACCAACAGGUGGAGGGGAAGUUUCUAGAGCGACCAAUUUGUUCUAGUGACGACGUCACGGUUCUUGGCCACCUUCUAUGUGGAGAUUUUUCUGGUGGCGACCGGAAAACCAGGAUGGAGCAGGCGACGCUAUUUGUAGAAGUACGCGAGAACCUGAAGCAAUAGAUCCAACUAUGUGUGGCUCUUUAUGUAAAGUUUUGGCGACAAUGUACGUUUGUACACCCUAUACGCCCUUGUAGGGAAGGGAGCCCAUGUGCUCGGAGCACAAAAGUGCUUGGUCUGUCUUUAGGGCCCAGCAGAUGCCAGGACCGACUGGCAACGCGCUCAGAGUGAGACAAUGUAUCCGCCUCAGCUACGCGAGGCCUGUGGAGCAUCUGGCCUAGUUCGGUCCGUGGAACGCUCGUCGCAGCAGGUCUAGCUCGCAGCUAGACCAUCGCGCGCCGCCUUCAGCGUCUAAAAACAUUGCCCACGCCCCUGUAGCCUCCCCUGUGGCAUGCCCGUCGCAUCCGAUCGGUUGCGUGUGCAGCCCCGGAGCAUACGACAACGGGACGCCAAUACAGGGCCACGCAGCGAGCGCGCAAAGAUGUGCAAGACACGAAGGCCCGCGACUGCCAUGCGCCUCCCUGCCACCUAGCAAGCACCAGAAAGCCAUGGGCCCGCGUCCGGAGGAUUGGGCUGCGCCCCACAUUGCUCUUACUUACGCGCGUGGACGCAUGCACUGCCCUCGCAGGGUUGGGCCCUGCGCCUUUCCCGUGCGUCCGACCGCGUCUGCCCUCCGGGUUGCUGCCGUAGAGGCUGCCCUGGCAUCGGGGGGCCUGCUCGUAGUAGAUUCCCCCCCUCCUCUCUCUGUCUGUGGAGAGAUGGAGCAGUAGCAUCCGCUAGAAUGCAGGAUGCACGAUGAACGCGGCACAAGGCUCGUAGCCCGCCGCCGACAUUGAAAGAUCGUGGCAAAAUCAAUCAACACGACGCUCGUAGCGAGGACGCAUUGAUGCGGCCAUCAGGAGCAUGGAUAUAGAGCUCGCCGGUGCGCUCUAAGUCGCCCCCCCCAGCAAAGGGCGGCCCAGGCACCUCCAGGAUCCUUGUUCACCUCUUGCGACGUUCGUCCACAUUACGAACGCAGAGGGUUCCUUCACGCCCUUGCUCGCCCGUACUACGUUGGGUGGAUCACUUUCCGGGAGACAGGAUCAAAUUUAGAGCACCACAAACCUCUCGCAGAGCCGCGUGGAACGUGUAUGUAUGUUUGUACACCCUAUACAAACUUCAGGUACGUCAUAGAGCUGAUUCCCCCUAUCGGCAUUCAGAUUCUUGAACUUCAACUUCUUACAGCAAGAUAUACUCCCCGGGUCCUGAAGUGGAUUUCUUGCAGAGCAAGACCCUCACGCGUUUAAAACGCGGUGUUGAGGUUCGCUGAUAUUCCCGCCCCUGGAGGGAAGGGAAGUCUCUGUAUCUUGUUCUUCGUUUCUGCAUCUUGCAGGAGCCUAACCUGCCUGACUGCCCUACAGGUACUACGGUGACAGAACGACAAAGAUUCAGAAGUAUCAGCAAUGUUGAACACGGAAGCCCUUGGUCCUGAGUCCACGAACAUCUUCUGCCGUAAGCAGAUAAGUGCAUGAAUGGGA